CAUCCACAUCACCAUCAUGAAGGGCUUCGGUGUUGCUACAGCCAUCGCGGCUGCGAGCAUGCUCGUCUCCAAGGUCGCUGCUGACGUCGACCCCAUUGUCAUCAAGGGCUCCAAGUUCUUCUACAAGACCAACGGUACCCAAUUCUUCAUGCGCGGUGUCGCAUACCAGGAGGACGUCCAGAACAGCACCGACUCUUCCUACACCGACCCUCUGGCCGAUGCAUCCGUCUGCUCGCGUGAUAUUCCCUACCUCACCGCUCUGCGCACCAACACCAUCCGUGUUUACGCCAUCGACCCUACCAAGAACCACGACGACUGCAUGAACAUGCUCGCAGAUGCUGGCAUCUACGUCGUGUCUGACCUUUCCGCCCCCGACGAGUCCAUCAACCGCAACGACCCUGCCUGGAACGACGACUUGUACCAGCGCUACACUUCGGUUGUUGACGCUCUCGCUGGCUACUCCAACACCCUCGGUUUCUUCGCCGGUAACGAGGUCUCCAACUCCAAGAACACCACCGAGGCCAGCGCUUUCGUCAAGGCCGCCGUUCGUGACACCAAGAGAUACAUCCAGUCCAAGGGCUACAGAGCACUCGGUGUCGGUUACGCCACCUCUGACGACUCUGACAUUCGUGUCAACAUGGCCGACUACUUCGACUGCAGCUCCGACACCUCUCUCAACAUUGACUUCUGGGGAUACAACGUCUACUCUUGGUGUGAUCCUUCGACCUACCAGACAUCUGGCUAUGCCGCCCGUACUGAGGAGUUCUCGACCUACAACGUUCCCGUCUUCUUAACCUGGGGCGAAGUUAGCGCUCUGUACGGCGAUAACAUGACCGAGGUCUGGUCUGGUGGUAUCGUCUACAUGUACUUCGAAACCGAGAACGAGUAUGGUCUCGUCUCCGUCACCAACAACAAGGUCAGCACCCUGGGCGACUACUCAAACCUGUCCAAGGCCAUGGCAACCGUGUCUCCCACCGGUGUCAACAGCGCUUCGUACUCUCCUAGCAACACCGUUGCCUCUUGCCCCGCUCUCGGUACUGCCUGGGCCGCCGUCGCCAGCCCCCUUCCUCCUUCACCCAACCGUGAGCUGUGCCAGUGCAUGUUCAACUCUCUGAGCUGCACUGUCAAGUCUUCGGUCAGCGAAGAGGCCUAUGGUGAUAUGUUUGGCUAUGUCUGCGGUGCUGACGCCAGUGCCUGCGCCGGUAUUCAACACAACAUCACUAACAUUCCUUUANNGAACGCCACUAGCGGUACCUACGGUGCUUACAGCAUGUGCAACUCCACGGAGCAGCUUGGUUUCGUCCUCGACCAGUACUACUCUGCCCAGCCUUCCGCUCAGCGUGCCAGCGCUUGCGGCUUCAGCGGGUCUGCCACCCUCAAGUCUGGAGCCAAGCCUACCGGAGCUUGCUCAUCGCUCAUGGCCCAAGCAGGAACGGCAGGUCUUGGUAAGGUUACAGCCUCUCCCACUACUGGUUCUGGUGCCGCUGCUACUGGCGGCUCUGGCUCUGGUUCUGGCAACUCAAAGUCUUCUGGCUCCAGCUCUGGCUCCAAGGGUGCAGGCGCUGCUCUUUCUGUUCAGUCCGUCCAAGUUGGUCCUUACACCCUUGGACUCUCUGCCUUUAUUGCCGUCUUCUCCGGCGCUGCUGCCCUUCUUUUG